AUGGGCCAGACCACCAAAUGGUGGCUCUCAUGGGCCUUUUUCUUUGCUGCUCCUUCCUUCCUCCUUCCUCAGCGACCCCAACCACGGCGCCACCUCACUGCCCAGCGUGCAGUUUUGGAGAUCAAGGAUGUCCGCGGCACCCACGAUGAACUCCGGACCUUGUUUCAGAUUGAGGAGCUCAAAAUCGAGAAGGGCCGGAAGGUCGCCGUGGUCGGCGCCAACGGCUGCGGCAAGUCCACGUUGCUCUCGUACCUCUCGGGGCAAGCGACGCCCCGCGAAGGCUCCGUGCGUUUGAAGCCACGGGCCCACAUCACCAUCGUGGAGCACCUUGGCUGCCUUGGCCUAGGGGACCGGCAAAAUCCCACCUUCGAUGCAAAGAAGACGGUUCUGGACACCAUCUACGAGAAGUCCAACUCACCGGUGGCCCGUGCCGCUCACGACUUUCGAGCCGCAUGCGCGCUAGGUGGCGAAGCUUUGAGCAAAGCCAUGGACCAGAUGGAUGCGAUGCCCGAGGCCUGGACUUGGGACGAGCAGGUGGCGGAGGUCGCCGAGGAGCUGGGGCUCUCCACGUUACUGCAGCGCCCUGUUGGGACGCUCAGUGGCGGUGAAGAGCGCCGAGUGGCGCUGGCUGCAGCUCUGGUGGACUUGCCUCAGACAGACUUGCUGAUCCUUGACGAGCCCACGAACCACCUGUCGGCAGAAGGAUGCGACUUUCUUCAAGAGAAACUGAGAGCCGCAAAGGAUUUGAGCUUGGUGCUGGUCUCUCACGACCGCUAUUUCCUCGACCGCGUGUGUGACGAGAUCUUCGAGAUUGAUUGGAACGGCGAGACCUUCCUGCAUCCCGGCAGCUGGGCCAGCUUUCUCGAGCGCCGCGCCCAGCGCUACGAGACUCGCGCUGGCCAAGUGCAAGAUGCCAAGGUGCAGCUGCGCCGCGCGGAGGAGUGGGCCCGGCGCGGCGCCUCCGGGCGGGGAACGAAGAACAAGGCACAAAUGAUGGCCGUUGAUGAGCUCCGGAAUAAAGCAAAGGCAGUGGUGGCAGCUAACGAUGGCACGCCGGACCUGCAGAAUAACCUGCUGAAGGGGAAGGCUCUCUCGACUUCCUCCUCGGGCCUGGUGGGACGUGUGGUGCUGCAAGAUAUUGUGGUGGAAGUACCAAAUCGAGGACGGGUUCUGAACAAUAUUUCCGUGUGCUUCGAGAAAGGGGAGAAGGUGGGUGUGGUUGGACCCAAUGGCGCUGGCAAAAGCACUUUGCUGAAGACUUUGGUGGGAGACAUUGAACCCAACAGUGGCGAAGUCUUCAUCGGCCAAGGUGUUCUCAUCGGCUGUUUGUCGCAGACCCCGCCGGAAUGGCCUGACCCAAAUCGCCGCGUCAUUGAAGUCGUCUCGGAUAUGGCCACUGUGGCCAUGACCCAAGCCGACGAUGGAGUGCUGGGCCGUGGGGCUGAGAGCAUGAGUCUUCAACGGCGGCGAGCUGCUAUGUUGAAGGCGGUCAACUUCGCAGAAAGCCGCUGGUCCACACCCGUGGGGAUGCUGUCGGGCGGCGAGAACCGCCGCCUGCAGCUCUUACGGGUGCUGGUGGAGCGUCCCAACGUUUUGCUGCUGGACGAGCCCACGAAUGACUUGGACGCAGUGACCGUGGACUCGCUGGAGAGUAUGCUUCAACGCUAUCCCGGCACAGUGGUGCUGGUGAGCCACGACAGGUCGCUUUUGGAUGGCGUGUGCGGAUCUUUUCUGGUGAUGCAGGAGGAUGGCUCUCAGCCCAUGUUGUGGACUGGGUCCUUCCACGACUUGCUGGUCACGCAGCAUAAAAAACAAAAAGCUUCAAAGAAUCCAGCAGAAGAGAAGGAAACCAAGCUUGCAGCAGACAAAGCAGACGAAGCUUCGAAGAACAAGCAGCGGAAAGAGCUGGUGCGACUGGAGGGGCAAAUCACGCAGAUGGACGAGAAACUGGCUGUGAUCGACCAACAGCUGGCCGAUCAGUGGGAUGAGCCGGAAGAAGUCGAAAAGCUGGUGGCACAAAGGGCCAAGGUGGAAGCAAAGCAAGCACAGGCUGUGGGAAGUUUUAACGCGAAGAACAGUAGGUCAUCUGUGAUGUCGAUGUCAAGGUGGCUGCCUGACCCCUGGAGCGGAAAAGCACAGGCAGAGCUGACGGUGGCAGAGGAGAAGUCCAUGAGGAGAGGUCUGGCGGAGAUUGGGAAACUUCAGUCCUUGUUCCCCUUGGCAUAUGGAUCAUCGAGCUUCUUGGCUGUGAACAUUGUGGUGCAGAAGUCUGAGUCUUUGCUAGGAUUCCUGGGAGGGCUGCUCGGCGAUUUGCUGAGUCCCAAGCGGGUGUUCGCGUUGGGUCUUUGUGUGUGUAGCUUGCUGAACAUCGCCUUCGGCAUGAGCUCAACGCUUCCUCAGUUUGCCUUCUUUUGGCUUCUGAAUGGCUGCUUUCAGGGUCUAGCAGCUCCUCCAUGUGUCAAGAUGAUCACCAAUUGGUUUGAUCCGAAAGAGCGGGGCUUUUGGUGGUCGGUUUGGCAUGCCUCGAUCAACCUUGGAGGGUUCCUUUGCCCUUUCUUCGCCGGAGGUUUGGCCGGCACCUACGGAUGGCGUUACGGCAUGCUGGGACCCGGAUUCCUCGGUUUGCUCACAGUGGCGCUUUGUUACUUAGCAAUGAGUGAUGGGCCGAAAGCAACGAGUGGCACUAGUGCCAAGAAAGAAGUUGUAAAGACAGAACCCGAAGUAAGUCUCAUGGAGGGCAUCCUCCUCAAUCCAGUGCAGUGGGCGCUUGGCCUUGCCUACAUGCUGGUUUAUGUGUGCCGGCAGGGGCUGAGUGUAUGGGGCAUCUUCUACCUCAUGCAAACUGGAGGCCUGAGCCCUGCCAAGGCAGCUGCCCUUUUCUCAGGGUUCGAGUUGGGCGGCUUCGUGGGAAAUCUCACAGCAGGAAGCCUCUCAGAUCUUUUGCUACGACGUGCACGCCCAGGUGCAGGGGAUGUAGGUCAGAGAGCCAAGGUGGUUUGCAUCUACUUCCUCGCGACCCUUUUGCUGGUCCCUGCACUACGACAGUGUCCCAACUGGCCAUGGCUGCAGUAUAUCCUCUUGCUGGGCUUGGGCCACUUCCUGAGCGGUGCACAAUUGCUUCUGCCCCUGGUGGCAAAUGAAUCCGCACCGAAAGCAUGGAGCACUACAGCUACAGGCUUUAUCGGUUGGGUGGGAUACUUUGGAGCCGCCCUGUCGGGCUUCCCACUGGCACGAGUGGUGCAGGCUUUGGGUUGGCCAUACUACUUCAGUCUCCUGACCUUUGCAGCAGGUUCGGGAGCCUUGCUGGUGCUGCCUUUGCGCAACUUGCGUAGUUGGAAGCAGCGGGUUGAGAUGGGAUUGAUAGAUUGA